AUGAUGCGUGAACCACGCCAACCACGUUCAUUUCUCGACCAGUCAGCCAUUUUAAAUUACCUCUAUGUCCUCCUCUAUCAUACGGUGAUUACAUUCAACAUCUUGACACCUGCCGUCUAUUGGUCACUUUUAUCAGGGACCCUUCUCAAUAAGACAGAUGCAACGCCAACUGAUUGGUGGAUGGCAGCUUCUCUUCAUGCAACGUCCUUCUUUAUCAUGAUGUUUGAGGUGUUCUUGUCAAGGAUGGUGAUUAGUGUACGCAUUGUGGUGCCUGUCUUUUGCAUCGUGCUUUGUUACAUGCUGCUGACAUUUAUCAUUUAUGGAUCGGAACACUGGUGGGUGUAUUCUUUUCUCGAUUGGAAUCAAGGUCCAUCAGCAGCAAUUUGGUACUUUAUCGUGGCGUUUGCAGUAGUGAUUUGCUUUUUUCUCCAAUGGGGUAUCCAUAAGCUCCGAGAUUGCUGUGCACCAUCGAGUGACUUGGUCACUGAUGAUGAUCGAACCGAACGUGUUGACUUGGAUGAUAACUACAAGAUCACUGAUCUUGCCAAUGAGGACAAGCGAUACUAUUCACAAACCCUGGUUGAGAGCAGCAUCGAAUCACACAUCACGCUUGGAGCAUCCUCUACUGAACAUCUUGCAUAA